CAAUCGCAAUAUUAGGGUCAUAUCACGUGAUGCUGUCCGCAACUUAAUAUCAUUGUUAUGAUUAUGUAUCAUUACUAUAACUCAUAAAUUGGGGUCUUGUUCUUUGAUUUCUAAUAUGGUUAAAGAACAUGGAUAGGCAUAGUUCCAAUUUGUGAUCUUGUUCAAAAAAGCUACUUGUGUUCCUUGGAAAACUCAGAUCUGUGAGAAAGAUUCUAACUAAUGUAUUUAGAAUAAUAGAAGUGUUUUAGUGUUUUGAUUCUGAAUGUCUAUUCGAAAUUUUGUUUGGUAUAGACUAUGAUUAGAGCUAUAGACUCUGUUGUUGUGCAAGUCUAUGCAUGUAUGGGACCAUAUUUGUUACCAGGCCAUUUUCUCAUUGAGGGAUAAGAUUCUAAUUAUUGAAAUGAGACGCAACAAAGUACAAAAGUGAAAGAGAUUCAAAAUUUAAUCUUUUGGUUUUGGUCUCAGUAAAGUUUUUAAAUUUAUUGUUGUCCCAGAGUGAAAUAUAUAGCAAAUAAAUAUUUGAUAUUAAGAUUUUUCACAAUAUAGGAAAGUAAAUUGAAUUUUGGGUUUUGUAAUUUUGAGAUUUGUUGAAAAUAUUUGAAGAAAUUUAGACGUAAUUGUCUGAUGUAAUUUUUAAUGACAGCCGAACACAUGAUUUUAAUUCAUAGCAAUUGUAAUCCAAUGCAAUUGUUGAAUCUACGGCAUUAGUAUUAAUGCAGUGGCAUUUGUAAAUUGAAGUUGUGGAAUGCAAUUAUAAAUUGCAGUCGCAGAAUAUAAUUUAAAACGAUUGACAUAAGAUAAUAAGAUAAGAUAUGAAGAAGUACGAAAGAUUUACUUGAAGAUUCAUAAAUUAGUUUGAAGCAUACAAAAUAAAUCUUUGAUAUAAAUGUGUUUCUCUUUUUUUUUUUUGUGUUCUCAUCUAUAAUAGGUGAUCUCGAAAAUCCAAAAUUGUCCUUGCCUCAGCUUUUGACAAAUUGUUCUUUUAUGUAACUGAUCUUUUUUUCAUUUUGAUUCCAAAUCAACUGAAUGAAUAAACUUUUUUUAUAGGUAAAUCAUUUAGUUUACAUUUUUUUUCUCAUCACAUCAAUUUUAUUCACAAACCUAUAAAUUCAACGGGGUUUCACAUUCAAGAAAGCAAUCACAAGCAUUAAUCUCCGACUAAAGAAUAUCACAAUUACUUAGUUUCAUGUGGCUUCAAUUUUAUUAUUAGUAAAACUGCUAGUAUUAAACCAAGUGUGCUGUUUUGGCAGUUAAAUACUAACAAGUUAUGCAGACAGAGCACUGUGAAUAAAUACUUAAUUAUCUUAACUUAACUACAUAUUAUCUCGAGUUUAAAUGGUAACAACUCACACUUGAAACACAUGUAGAAAGAAAGACUAAAACACUUGAAAUCUAGCAAGUGUUUUUGGUGUUUAUUUCUGUCUGACAUGUGUCUCAUCGAUCUUUCUCUUUUGGUGGCGUGUCAUCUUCAAACCUGAUUCCCCUGGAAAAUGAAAGUCCAGAUUUCAAAAUGAGUUUAUUCACAAAGAGAACACAAGUCCUUAAUUUUAUUCUCCAAUUGUGAAAAUCAAGACACUUAUUGUUUCUAUAUUUUAAGAAUAGAGCAGAAUGCUACUCUUCUUUCUUGCUAAAGAGAUACUUACUUUCAUGGAACAACUUAUUAAAUUUAGUAUUUUUCUGUUGCACAUUCUUGUUAUGAGAACCUUUGUAGUGCACUUACUUAGGAGGCUUUGGAAAAGUUUCAUUGUCCUGUUAACAAGAUUCUGGAAUUCUAUACCAGAACAUUGCUCAAAUCUUAACAACAAAAAAUACACACUGAAGGUUUAACUUUGGCCUUGUUAACUUGGAUGUACCAAUUAUAUCUCUCUAAAGGAUAACUCACGUGCCCAACAAGCCACACACAUCAUUGUCUUUCAACACAAUUGGAUGAUCACUUGGAUCAUUAUGCAAGUUAGCAUGCAUGAAACUCUAUACGUUUCUUUAUUAGUAACUAUAGAUUUACUAUAGAUUUACAAACUAAAGUGACUAGUACUAAACAAUGGGUAACUAUUCAAUUUGGGAUUCAAGCUAAUUUGCCUUGGUGGUCUCACGUACAUGCGUCAUCAAAUUAGAGACAUAUUAAUUAAAUUAACUUUGAUGUAUUGUAUUAAAUAUUGAAAACAUGAUAACACAUAUCAUACCAAAAAUAUGUUCUCCAGUGGCUUUUUAAUAUGUAAGCACCAAUAAAGAAUACCAUUUGAAGUGGUGGUUUUAUGAAUUCACCGGUAGCAGCAACAAAUCUUUCAGAAUGAAUAAGAUUGUUUCCUUUCAAAAUGUACAAUAUCAUGGUUCUAAGUUUCCAUUAUGGAUCACUAGCAUCAAUGGAACUGCUACCUUAAUAUCACAUGAAGAGUUUAAAAAAACUACAGCAUCAUAAUCUUAACAUUGCAUAAAACAGGGGUAUAGAGUGGUGAAAUAAGUGAAAAUUACCAAACGAACAAGGGGUAUAAUGUGACAGUAAGUUGUCCAGUGGGCAUGUUUCCUGCCACAAACCAACAACCUAGGAUCCCGGAGAUAUAUAUCAAAAUGGCAUUUCUAAAAUAUCUAUGAAAUAUGGGAAGUUUAUUGCGCUUAAGCUAUUAUGGAUACGCUGAAUCUCUGAAGAUCAAAACCUCAAGGUUCAAGUGUCACUACGCCAAAAACUGGAAUAGACAGCGCACCUUAGAGGGCGCUUUCUUAAAGAAGCGCACUCUAAAGUGAAGAGAAAAAUAAGGAGGAAUAGACAGCGCACUUUAGAGGGCGCUUUGGUAACAAAGUGCCCUCUAAAGUGAAGCAAAAAAAUAAUGAGGAAAUGAAGGGACACCAAUAGAGGGCGCGUUUAUGAAAGCGUCCUCUAAGGGUACCUUUAGAGGGCACUUUUAAGAAAGCGCUCUCUAAGUCCAUGUACAACAGCGCACUUUAGAGGGCGCUUUUGUAAAAAAGCGCCCUCUAAAGUGAAGCGAAAAAAUAAUGAGGAAAUUGAGGGACACCAAUAGAGGACGCGUUUAUGGAAGCGCCCUCUAAGGGUACCCUUAGAGGGCGCUUUUUAAAAAAGCGCUCUCUAAGUCCAUGUACAUUUCCAGUUUAUAAGGCGCUUAUGGAAAGCCUUAGAGAGCGCUUUUAGAAGCGCCCUCUUAGGCCCCCUUUAGAGGGCGCUUUUUUUACACAAGCGCCCUCUAAGGUCCCCUUUAUUAAACAUUAAAAUUAUAACAUAUAUACUGCAUGUCUCUUUAUUUUCCCUCUCUAUUAGCUAUUUCGUUUACGUAACUGGGUUUUCUCUCUACUGCGAUUACUCUCUACUGCGAUUACUCUCGUCCUCCGUUCGUUCUCCCUCCCUCACCGUCGUCGUCGCCGUCGCCUUUUUCUGCUGCUGCGUUCACGUUCACUGAGUUAUCUGCGUCCACCGUCGCUGUUCACUUUCUUCUCCAUCGUUACCAUCACCUUGAAGAUAAAAUGGCUAACCAAGACGAUACCCAUGACGCGAGUGGAUCACGUAACAAUGUUGAAAAAGAAAUCAAACAAGGAUUGACUGUUAUGAAGUCAAUCAUUCGUGCAAGAGACAAGGGUGAAAAAUUCGAAGUACAUUGGAGUGCUGAAGACCAACUAAUUGAGCCUAACGGUUCAAUGUUGGCAAGUUACAUUGGUUCCCUUGUUCGACAACAUAUUCCGAUUACAUGUGAUAAUUGGAGAAGUCCGGAAUUGAAGGUUGGCAAAGAAAAAAUAUGGUCCGAGAUACAGAGAUCCUUUCACAUCGAUGAAAGCCGGCAAAAAUAUUGUAUUCAAUUGGCCGGAAAAAGACUCCGGGGAUUUCGAUCCUUUUUGUCCAACAAAUUUCUCAAGGAUGAGGAAGGAAACUUUGUUGAAGCAGAACGGCCAAUGAAGUAUGCGGAGAUUAUUUCAGCCGAAGAAUGGGAUAACUUUGUCGCCAAAUGAAGAAACGAAAAAUUCCAUGAAGUAAGCGACAAAAAUCGGAAAAGGGCAUCAAAACCCGCGUAUCCGUACAAAAAAGGGCGUACGGGAUAUGCACGAUUACAACAAAGAAUUCUAACCGAGGAGAAAAGUGACGCAACAUCUCUUCCGGAGCACGUAUUGUGGAAGGCUGCUCGGGUUGGGAAGGAUGGGGCUGUCGUUGAAGCGGUUCAAAAUGUUUAUGACGAAUGUGAGACUUUAUCCCAAACCUUACCUUCAACCGAGGUCCAGGAUUGCAGGAGCGUACUUAGUCGAGUACUAAAUGUUCCUGAGUAUUCCGGUCGUGUGAGAGGUAAGGGUUUUGGUGUGACUCCGUCGUCAUUUUAUAAAAAACCAAAAACAAAAAAUCCUACCAACAAAGAGGUGAUGGACACCUUGGCAGAGUUAAGGGCACAAGUACUCGAACUGCAAAAAGAGAAUGCAAGGUAUAGAGAGGAAAGGUGCGGCUCCGAGGCAAAAGAUACUAGUGACCGAGCUAGUAUCAAUUGUCAACCGAAAUUUCCCGAGGGCAUUACACCUUGUCAGCUGUAUCUAUCGUCACCAACUUAUCGCAUGGUUGGCAAGGGAAAAGUGCACAACACUUCGGGUGAAUUACUUUACCAUAAUCCCCUCCCGGUGGGAUAUAUGAAAGUUUCGGUUGACCUUGUAUUAGAUACCGACGCGCUUCUACCAUUACCUGACGUUGUUUCAGAGACAACGUUGAUGCGAGAAGCAGUCGGAUCCUUUGUUGGAUGGCCGUCAGAUCUAAUUUUCCCAGAUGCCGAGACUCCUACAAGACCCACACAUAAAGCUGGUAAAGGGAUUUCAAGACGCAUCGAGUCAGUUGCAUCUCAAAAAGAGGUUCCCGGUCGAAAGUUGAAAAAAGCUGGUAACGAUAUUCCAACGACGUCCGGGACAAAAUCUCAAAUUAUGAUGCGUCUUGAGAAAAUGGUGGAAGAGUCCGAUAUUAUGCACGGCGCCAUCCGUAGUGUAGAUUUUGAUGAAGGUGUUUUCGGAUUUGCUCAUUCCGAAAUAAUUGCAAAGGAGGACAUGCAACAACUUUUUGAACACGAAGAAUUGGGCAUCACUGUCAUUCAUACAUACAUAUGGUAUAUGUAUGUAACAUUGAUGCGGGGAACUGAAUUGUGUAACCGAUUCAAUUUUAUUGCUGCUUCCCGUAUCAACACAACUUUAAUAUCGAAAAAUCCAACAUCCGUAAAGAAUGAACUAGUUGAUAGAUUCAUGGCGGCCGGCGAUAAUACUACACCCAGUUUGUAUUUUUUACCGUUUAAUUCUGGCAACAGUGGUCACUGGGUGUUGGUUGCUAUGGAUCUUUCGAGACUAAUGGUGUAUUAUCUCGAUUCGUUAUCGGGUGAUUGGAGUAAAUAUCCGAGUAUGAAGAAGACGGUUGACGCGGCAAUACUAAAAUUUAGAUCGAAAAAGAAUUACCGUAAUAGGAAGGACAUUACCUGGAUCAGAGUUCAGUGUCCUCAGCAAAACAAUUCGGUCGAUUGCGGAUUUUUUGUAUUGAGAUUUAUGAGAGAUAUCAUUGCGUUGAAUCGUAUAGACAUCCCAAAAAUGUACUUUGAGGAAUACAAAUCUUACUCAAGAGCUCAUUUGGAUGAAAUGAAGGAUGAAUUGUGUCAAUUCAUUGUUGAUCAAAGAAUCAUAUAGCUAGGUUGUAUAUUGUUGUACAUAUAUGUAUGGAAUGUUGUUGUUGUA